CACAGAAUCCUGACACACUUUCAAGAUAGGAUCUACACAUGCAAAACAGCAAAAUGGAGGAAUCUAAAAUGACAUUUUUGCUUGUACUGGUGAUGCUAACGGGAUGUGCUGCAAGUCCUCAAGAUCUGUCAGGCAAAAUGUUCACCUUUCCAAUGCAAUCCAAGAGAGCUCAUGUGAGACUAAAUGCAUCACAACAGGAUUUCAGUGCUGUAACCGUCUGUCACAGGUCCUUUACAGACCUCAAAAGAGACCACGCCCUUUUCUCUUUGGCCACAGCCUCAAAUGCCAAUGGCUUCCUGAUUUACUGGGAUGAAACAAACAAGGAGAUUGAGUCCCAUAUCAGGGAUAAAAAGGUAGAAUAUAGAGGCUGGGACUACAAGCUAAACACGUGGCACUCUGUUUGUACCACAUGGGACUCUGCAUCUGGACUGGUGCAGCUGUGGUUUGAUGGACAACCUUCGAUUAAGAAAUUCGUCAGCUCUGAAUCAAACAUCAGAGGACCUACUAUAAUUAUUUUAGGACAGGAACAGGAUUCCCAUGGUGGGGGGUUUACCAUUGACCAGUCUUUCACUGGCAUGAUGUCUGAUGUCCACAUGUGGAACUACAUUCUUUCUCCCUGUGAGAUCCGGAACUACAUGGAUGAACUAAACUUCACCCCAGGGAAUGUGCUCAACUGGAGGGCGCUGGAGUUCGAGAUUGUAGACAGAGUGGUGAUAGAGAAUAAACAGGUGAUGUGCCACUGAGCUUUUAAAGCAAGACCAUCAAUAGAUUAGAAAGUCAAAAAUCAGAUUUCCUGUGCUAAAAUGUGCAAUGAGUACAUAAAUGUAAAGUAUAGAUUUCCAAUGUCAGCAGGUUAUGUCAAAAUUAAUUGUUUAUUAAAGGAUUUUUUCAACUCCAUCUCGAUACAGUAAUUACUGGAAGGAGUCAUCUGACUAUUUUACCCAUUCUUACUGUGAAGAGACCACUUCCAAAGAGGAUUGUGCUGUAAAAGAUGGGUAUUAAAAAAUGAAGUCCCGAAGUUAUUAGGAUACAUUGUCUAAGUUGAAGCUAUAAUAAGGCUUCAGUAGUCUUGAGUUACCCAAAUCAAAUCGUUCUAAGAAGGUGUUGCUUCAAAGCUAGUAUGGAGAGGAGGAAUGAUAAUGUUGGCUCUCUCAACAUACAGCGGGAUCCAAAAGAGUUUUUUACUCCAUUGUACAUCUUACAUGAACAUUGAUAGAGUCACCAUAAUGACUCAAGUAAUGACUCAUGUCUCAAGUAAAAAGGUGCCGACCCAAAUGCAGAACGUACAGGAAGUAAAAGUAGAAUAAAACUAAGUUUACUGUGUUGAUGAACACAAAAUAAUUCAGCCACAGGCAGGCAGUCAUAAUGGCUGUCUACCUCCCAGCUGACUUGCUUGCACUGUCUUUGGCUGUACUGUAGCUUUAGAGUAAAACUGAGACAGAUCUUACAGAAGGAUACAUAGUUCUUCCAUUAAAUGUCAGUCUGGAAUCUGUUUAUACAGUUGAUUGUCAUCACUAACCGUACUUCCUUAUCUGUUUUCAUUUUGUAGUUUUUCAAACAGUAAAAAAAAAAAAAAAAAAAAUUAGUAAAUCAAUAUAAAAUCAUUAUU